AAAACUAUCGUCUGUGUAAUUGAUAUCGUGCCUGAAGAAAAACACGGCAGAACUUUCUGUGUUUUCAGGCAGAGAAUUGAAAAUGAGCGGCCUGAGCGGUGUGAAGCAUGGAUUCAGCUAAGAUGCCUCCUGACAACAGAUAACUACAGAUUUACAGCACAGAAAUCUAAGAGGAUGCUGCUCUUGUCGAGUGCAAAUGGGACAUAAAUAAGGAUGGAUGGUGCUGGUGUUAGCAAAAAUGUUAGAACGCUAUCUAAACCAGUUGUAUUAGUUGGCGAGAAGGUGCAGCCAGAAAAGCUACCUUUCCAUACACAAUUGUAAAACUGUUCACCUCUGGCGUACAAAAACAAUUUGGCAGUUACUACAGCAGAUAAACAUACUUGGCUGAUGGAGUACAAUGAGAAAGUGCUGUGUGGGUCAGGGGAGGUGGAGUUAGACCCCGAUAUUGUCAGUGAAGAGGCUGGAAAACUGUAUUCAGAACUACAGACAGUUAUUGAGACCCAUGGUGAAGCUGUGGUGGAAUCACUGGUACCCAUAUUUGUGUGGGUGCUGGAGGGGCUGGCCAGCUGCAAAAGCCAGCUCAGAGACAGAGAGGAGGAGGCAGAGCGCGAGAAAGCAGAGCGAGAAGAACUGCUGGAGAGAUACCAAGCAGAGAAAAGACUAAGGAAAGAGAGUCAAGAGAGAUAUCUGGAGCUGGAUGAUCAAAUUGAACAGGAGAGAAGAGCCAUGAAGGUGAGGGAGAAAGGAAAAGAACGGCAAGAGAGAGAGUUGGAGAGGAAAGCAAGAGAACAAGCUGAUCAGUUGAUGACCUUGGAGGAGCAGAAAGCAAAUCUGCUUAGAGAACUGAGCACAUUGAGACUUACGCACAACAAGUUGGCACACACAUAUCGAGAACUUGUGGAAAAGAGAAAGGAUUCUGAAAGGGACUCUCCUUUAAGGAAUCACAUUCGUCCCAAGAAUCAUGACUCGCCAUCUGAUCAAGUUUUAUUAGAUUCCUGUGUUAAUGAAAAGGUCAUUCAAAGACCACAUUCACAUUCUGGCCCCCCCUGUCUGGAAGAACCAAUAAAUAAGAAGGAAAAGCCAAUUGAUAUUUCAGUGAAGGCCACCACAGAUCACUUUGUCAAUGAUAUCAUUAGCUCCACUCCAGAGCUGGCAGGCUUUCAUGGCUGUGUGAAUGCAAGUACUCCUGUUAGACCUAACAACGAGGAGACGCCAAAAGAUGAGUCCGAGACCAGCUUGGAGGAUGAGAAGAAGGAGGAGACCGAACACAACGGCAGGCAUGAGGAAGAUGAGGAGGAGGACAAGGAAGACGAUGGUCUGGAGUGGGAGCUUCGCAACACGGACUCUGUGUUUUCUGAACUGUCAGAGCUGAGUCAGGAUUAUGUGGAGAGUGUAGACCGUGGAGUCAGUGUCAGAGGCAGCGCAGACCAGUUUGAGGAGAUUCUUUCUCAGUAUGAAGAACUCAAAGUCAACUUUGGGUUAGUAGAUGCUGCCCGCAAGGCUUUGAUAUGUCGGGUGGUAGAGAUGACUGAUGACCGCACGGCUCUUAAACUGGAAGUGACCUCUCUUCAGGAAACAGUCUCUCGAUUAGAGGGGCGGAUAAAGGAGAAGGAGGAGGAAACUAAGAGACUUCGGAAAGAACUGGAAGCAUGUCAGUCGGAGGAUUCUGAUGCUUCUUCUCUUGCAUCCAUGCGUCAAUUCUCUCGCUCUGAAAUGGCUCGUGUUGUUAUGGAGAGGAACCAGUAUAAGCAUCGUCUUUUUGAGCUACAGGAAGCAAUCAAACAUAGUCAGACAGUCAGAGCAACAAAGGAAGUGAAGUUAACAGAGGAUAAAAGGUCAAGUGUUUGGAGAAGGUUCAAUCGCCUGUUUGGCCUUUCUAAGGAACCUUUAAUCCCACCUCCUGCCUCUGCAUUCACCUUGCCAGCUUCUUCAUCACUCACUCGCUCUCCUGUAAGGUCUCCUCAGCUACCGGCAGUCAGUCAGACUGAGUCUGCUGCUCCUGCUGCUCUCUCACCUCGUGUCAGGAGGAGGGAGCUCUACAAGGAGAUUCGCACCCACAUUUGGGGAACUCUGGGGAAACGGCAGUUACAUGGCUGGAGCGUGCCACUGGCAAACACACAGGAGUCCAGUGAACCUGCUCCAGAGCCUAAAGAUGUGCCCGUUCUAGUGCAGCUCAGGUUGUUGGAUCAACGAGACUCCACUGCUAAGCUGAACUGUGCCGUUUCAGUCACACCUGAAGUCUCAGGAGAGGCCACAUGUUCAGUAUGGGUAGUUGCGGGUCCCGCCUCCAGCAGUGAUAUUACAGUGAUUGAUCCAGCACGGUCCAACACAGUUCUGGAUCAGUUCAGCCUCCCUCCCACAGCUCCUGCACUCUGCCUCUGUGCUGUGCCUCCCAUAGGUGGCACCAAAGGAACUGUGUGGAUUGGAACUCAGGAAGGAAGUAUACUGAUACACUCAGCCUCUGCUGGUAGGAGGCGCUGUCAACAGUCUGUUUCCCUCUCAGAGGGAGUUUAUUCACUCACGUAUUGCCAGAGUCAAGUCAUAGCUGGUUUAGCUGAUGGGACAUUAGCCUUUUUCUCACACAGCUCAGGUGGAUGGAAUCUGCAGUCACGCUCGGUGGUUCCCCUUGGAUCAAACCCUCUGCAGCCCAUUCGCUGCAGCCUUGCAAAAGAUGGCCGCUUAUGGGUGGGAUAUUGGAACAAAGUCCAUGUUGUUGACAUUAACAGCAAGAAGGUUGAGCAAACUUUCCCAGUGUCUGAACGCAGCGAGCAGCAGGUUCGUUUCCUGUGCGCUGGUGGAAGUGGUGUUUGGACGUCCUGCCGACUUGACCCAAUCCUCAGGCUGUUCGACUGGUUCACUGGACGGCCGCUACAGGAAGUUGAUUUCACAGCUUUGGUCACUAAAACAUUAGGUCAUCACUUCCUGGCACUGUCACCUCUCCAGAUCUCGUCUCUCACAGUCAUCUCUGGCCGUCUGUGGGUGGGCACUGGAGGUGGUGCCAUAUUCUCCAUACCAUUAUCAAUAACAUCAGAAGCUGUUUCCAUUCCAUAUUGCUCCAUCGCAUCAGUCCAACUAUGUUACCAUGGACACAGACAAGCUGUCAGGUUUAUCAUUGCUGCACCUGGUUGUUUGAUGACCUCUCCUGGCAGCAGCAUUGUUACUACCUCUCAGCUUAUCCUCAGUGGAGGAGAGGGCUACAUCAACUUCCGUAUUGGGGACGAUGGAGGUGACGCAUCGGAUGAGUUGACCCAGGCUACACCUCAGCGGUCUGAGCGCAGUCACAUGAUCAUUUGGCAGAAUCACACCCCGUCUAUACCCAGCCCUGCCCUCUGACAUUGUUCACUACCUGAAGAUGAUGUAGGUGUAGAGACGGAACACUAGAUGAGCCACACACAAUACUGGAAAUGGAAAAGCUUUCAUCUUUGUUUACCCUACUCAUUUGGUGAACAUACUGUACCUUGAGUGGAAUAUCCAAAUGAAUUAUAAUGCCUCACUAUGUGCCUUCAUCUAUUUAUAAUCAAUCCUAUAGAAUGGAUAUAUGAUGGGUUGUUUAUGGAUCAUUUUGCCCUUAUAAUAUAUAUGUUAGAUGUCUCUGGUACAUUUGUAUUUGUUGAAGAACAUGCAGAGUUAUGGUUGCUCCAGGUUUGCCUGUCAUACAUCAUUCAGUCAUCAAGUCCAAUGUCGUUUAGUGGCUGCUGCUGUAUGCAGAUUGUUUUUAACUGUGAACUGACAAACUCAUUCUUAUCUCACCUCAAAUACAAACAGACCUUUUUAAUCUCUAAUCUGAUGAUACUGCACUGAGAUUGGUGAUACCUUUUGUGAUGUGUAUUUUUGCAUUUGCAUAUUUUUGAGUGUUAUCUCACAUUAUACCCUUCCACAUUGUAUGUGGUGUAAUUACAAAUAACCUCAUUAUAAUUGUAUGUAAGUCUUCUAAAUUAAGAGUUUUAGUUCCUGCCCUGAAAGAAUAUUUAUUUUUUUCCAUCAGCUUUUGAUCAUCUCUGAAUUGCAUAAAAUGUCUUUGGUGUCUUACAUUAUGUUCUUAUUUGACUUCUGUCAUCUUUUGUAAUAUAAAGAAGGGAAAUUCUUCAAGUGCCCUACGUUGUGUUUAUGUGUAAUUACAAGUUUGUGCACAUGUUGAUGUCAGUAUAUCCUUAUCCUUGAAAAGACAACUAAGACUUGAGUAUUGGUGUUGACUCAGCUGUGCCUCAAACAUUAUUAUUAUUAUUAUUGUCAUCAUUAAAAUAUGUCUCAAUUGAAAAUCAA